UAACCAUUGUUAAGAUCUCUGAAUGAAUUAAGAUACUCCCAGGAAACCCUUAAGAUUCCAGGUAGACAAAUGGCUCAGAAUAUGGUUUUCCAUGGAUGCCUGAUAGAGUUUAAGGUGCCUGCAAUGACAGAGAGAGAAAGCGAGAAAGAGGGAAUUAUAAGGAACAUCAUGAACAGAACCGUAGAUGAGGUUUUUCUGCGUAUGGAGUUGACUGGAGGCUGAUAAGAACGCUUAGGUCCCACAGAGGCAGAAAGCAGGCUGAGAAAACUGCGCCUGUGCCAAGGAGGGCAUGCCUCUUCCAAUGCCACCUCCGCUGUAGCCAAGGAGAACAGUGAAAAGGAGAUAUUUCCCUGGAGAGCAAAGACAUAAGCCACAGGGAGCAAAGGGUUGGGAAGCUCCCCUCCUUCAAGGAGCUGGUUUGGUGCGCAUUAAGGAGCCCUCCCCGUCUACAAGAUCAGAAGCCCUUGCAGUAGCUUCUCACUGGAUUUGAGAAAUGGUAGAGACCAGUGUUUUCUGUGGGUCUCCCCCUCUUCCCCUUUCCAACUUUCCCAUUGGUAUGAAGCUGCUUUGUCCCGUUCCAUCACUGUACAAUGGGUGUCUGGAGGGCAGAUAAUUUGAGUUUUUAGUUCACUUGUUCUGACAUAGCUUCACGUAUCAUGCCUCUGCCCAGCUUUUAUGGACAUUUGAGUUUUCCACCCCAUGACCGCCACUAAGCUAUUUGAUGACAUGAGCUGAAGUGGAUUCCUGGAAAUGCAGUGGCUCGAGGUCCAAUCCACUGCCCAGGCCUGAUGCCUGAGUUCUGUGGGUGACUUCACAAUGCCUGGGUUCCCCGCUUCCUUCUGUAGUCCCAGGCUACCAUGCUGGCCAUGCUGUGGCUGCUUAGCCUUUCCGUCCGCGCUUCGUGGGCCCAGGUAUUAAUCAGCUGUGCCUACAAGAAUCUCUGUCAGCAGGCCCUCCUCUCAGGCAACGAUGUCGUCUUGCAGUGUGACCAUCUCAAGGCCCACUGGUACUUCUCUUCCCUCCUGGGGGAGGAGCCUUUGUUGCUGUCCUCGAUGCCCAACAUACGGAAACUGCCUGGGGGCAGCCUCCAGUUGACCAACCCUCAGCCCUCCCAGACAGGCCUCUAUCACUGCCAGGACAGUGACAAAGCCCUCGUGGUGGAAUAUGAGAUUGAUUUCCAAGAUGUCACCACCCUCCACAUUACACACAAAGACCUAGGCCAAAAGCCCCUGCAGAAUGAGACCCUGAGUCUAGGUGGCAAGGAGCUCAUCUUCACCCACUGGGAGCCCUGGCAGGACUGCAACCUCUGCGGGGAGCCAGGCGAGCGCAAACGCCUGGGGUUCUGCUACAUCGAGGAGUCCCUGGAAAAACCCAUGCCCUGCAGCCUCUACCUGCGAACAGAGAAGGUGCAUAAUAGCCGCCUGAGGCCUGAGAUGCAGGUGGAAGCCUGCCUGACACGCUGCAACCACAUCAAGGAACUCAACCAGCCCUACCUCACCUUUGACAUUUCCCAGUUGGGCAAGUUGACCAACAGCAUGUGGCUUACCUGCCCCUUGGCCUCCAUCUACAGGUGACUGGAUCAGGACAUCAGCCCUGCCUUUGACCCUCACCCAGUCUUUGUUUCCUGUGCCCCCUUUGGCCAGGGGGUUACCUGCCAAUAGAAAAGCAGGGUCUACCUCCUGGCUCAGAAGCCUUCAAGGUCAAUCUGUGCAGGAAGGGGGUCCUUUCACUGGCUUGUUCAGGUGUUUAUUCAGCAAGAAUUCCCUGCUGCCCUGGGCAGGUGAUGCUGGGGACAUAGCAGUGACCAACAAAGACCUAGUCCCUGCCUUCAUAGGCUUCUGAUAUUCAGGGGUAGACCAAAUACAAAAUGGGACAUUCAGGUCCAUGCUCACGUCCACACAGACACUA